AUGGCAAUAAGAAAAAGAGUUAAUCAUGAAUAUUUUGACAAUAAAUAUGAAGAGAAUGAUACAAAAAAUGGCAUAACAGACACCAAUAAAUAUGCUACAGAAAAAAUUCCAACAAUAAAAAAAGAAAAUAUGAAGAUAAAUACUCCUUUCUUUAUUUACAACAUAAUUUUUUAUUUUAUCAUUAGUAUAAUUCCAAUAUUGGUAUUAAUUUAUUUUAUAUUAACAUCAUAUUUUGUUAAUCAAAAUGAAAACUUUUACCUAAAGCAAAUAAUUAAAUUAUCUUUAAAUGAAAUGAAUCCUAAACAUUUGGUAAUAAAAAGUAUUCGUGAUAAUAUGGAUAAUAUUAUAAAUGAAAAUGAUAUUUAUAAACAAAAUAUACAUGUUAUUGCUUUCGGUAAAGCAGCCGUACCAAUGAUUUUAGGUAUUGAGAGUGAAUUAAGUAAAUAUAUAUCAUCUUCAAUUGCUUCAAUACCUUAUGAUAUUAUUAUUCCAAAAGUUGCAAAUUUAAAAACUACUUUUUAUCUUGGAGCAAAAAAUAAUUUACCUGAUAAAAAUUCACUUGAAACAACAAAAAAAAUUUAUGAAUUUAUUAAUAAUAUACCAGAAAAUGAUACUGUUAUAAUUUUAAUAAGUGGUGGUGGAUCAGCUUUAUUGAUAUCACCUAUACCUGGAGUAACAUUAGAAGAAAAGUAUAAUAUAACAAAAUUAGUAUCUUCUUAUGGUGCAAAUAUUCGUGAACUUAAUAUUAUAAGACAAUCUUUAAGUACAUUAAAAGGUGGACAAUUGGGAGAAAAAUUAUAUCCAAGAAAAGUAAUUUCUUUAAUAUUAAGUGAUAUUGUUGGUGAUCCUAUUCAAUAUAUUGCAAGUGGACCAACAUAUAUUAGUGAUAAUACAAAUGGAAAAAGUCGAAGAAUUAAUAGAUAUGAAGAAUCUAUUAAUGUUUUAAAAAAACUUAAUCUUUUUUCAUAUAUAUCACCUCAUAUAUUAAAGGCAAUGAAAUCAUAUGCAUAUGAUAAAGAUAAUCUAGAAAAUAAAACUGUUUAUAAUGAUAAAAGAAUUAAAAAUAUUAUAAUUGGUAAUAAUAUGAAGGGUUUAAAGAUUUUACGUGACAAGUUACUUUCAUCAUCAAGUGAUUUAUCAAUUGAUGAAGCAAUAAUUGUUACAGAUUCAUUGGAAAAAGAUGUUAGUAUAUUGGGAGAAAAUUAUUGUAAAAUUAUUAAAAAUUUUAUUAUUAAUGAUGUUAUUGAUUUAUCUUUAAUUACCUCAAAAUCAACAACUUUUAAGAUGAAAUUAAAUCAAAAAAAAAUAGCAUUUUUAUUUGGAGGAGAAUGGGUAAUUAAAUUAAAUAAAAACAAUAAAAAUGGUAUUGGUGGUCGUAAUCAAAAUUUAGUAUUAGAAGUUUUAAGUAAUUUAAUUAAAGAAAUACAUGAUAGUAAAAUGUUUAUUAAAAGAAAUUUUAGAUUUAUAUCAUUUAAUACAGAUGGCUUUGAUGGUCCAACAACUGCAGCAGGAGCUAUGGUAAAUUAUCAGGAUUUAAUACAUUUUUUAUCACAAAAAGAUGAUAAAAAUAGAAUUUUAGAUGAUGAUAUGACGAUAAAUAAUAUAUCUGACUAUAUCAUUACUAAAAAUUCAUUUGAAUUUUGGGCUAAAUAUAAAAAUGGAAGAAAUCAUAUUUUGACUGGAAGAAGUAAUACAAAUUUUAUGGAUAUAUCUAUACUCAUUUUAGAAAGAAAAAAUUAA